AACUCAAAGCUUCCGUAGUUUGAGUCACAUGAAUGGUUUGUUGUUGUCGUGACAGAAAUAACAUGCAGCUAGCUUACUUUACUGUAUUAACGUUAGAUUUUGGUGAAAUUAUCGGGUCAACACAAAAAGCGGUGUUACAUCUCUAAGUCCUCUCCAAAGUGCGAUAAAAAAGGACAAUAACUGGUCAAGCGGAAGCGUCUCAGCUUUCUCUGUUUACGCGAAUGAGUGCUGACGUUAACCGAUAAAACACGAUGCUUCGGUGGAUUCUUGGUGGUCGAGAAGCUCAGGGUUCAGCGGAGAAAAGCUCUGUGCUGUGCAUCGGAGAGGAACAGCCCAAAAACUGGUUCACUGAGCUGCAGGUGCUGAAAGGACACUUUGACAUUGUUCGAUUUCUGGUGCAGAUUGAUGACUUCAGAUGUGCGUCAGCAGGUGAUGAUGGCCUUGUUUUAGUGUGGAAUGUUGAGACCGGGGAGAGGCUGCAGGAGCUGAGGGGCCAUUCCCAGCAAAUAACAGCCAUAACCACCUUCACCUGUAAUAAUGGACUCACAUCGCACACCUCGCUCAUCACAGCCUCCUCAGACCGAAGUCUCAGUCUGUGGGACCCUGAUACAGGCAACCGGGUUCAGACCAUUUCAGAUCUUCAGUCUCCUGUAAAGUGUUUGCUGGUGCUGGAGCGGCUGUGUGUUUGGGUCUCCGGCGGGGAAGAACUGUGUGUGUGGAACAAAGACUUUCAGCUGCAGUGUCACAGACAGAACCACAGCGACACGGGAAUAACUGCUCUGAUAGAGCUGCCCAAAAACUGCAUAGCAGCUGCUAUGGAUAAAGAAAUUGUGAUUUAUAGGCUGACAUACUCCACUGAUUCCUCCCUGUCAGUGGCUGAGAUCCGCUCUCUGUCCGACCACCAGGACAGGAUUCGAGCUCUCAUCAACGUCAGUGACGGACUCUUUGCCAGCGGUUCCCAUGCGGGCGAGUUGAUCUUAUGGGAUGCGAUUGAUUGGAACAUCCUGGCCUAUGAGCACAUCCUAUGGGAGGAGUCACAAGCUUGCACCCAGGCUGAAAUACGCUUGUCUGCGCCCAAACCCAGUGAGAUGUCAAUUCAGCAUCUGACCACCAAUGGAACGCUCAUCCUCGCAGCUGUGGGCAGCGGUCUGUAUGUGUACAGCGUUCUGACCAAGACCGUGGUGGCCUACAGGAAGGUGGCCCAUGACUCCAAUGUCUUACACAGCAUGCUGUUAUCUGACAGGGAGCUGAUAAAAAACAUUUUGUUCAUCAGUAACACCCUGACAUUUUAUAUUGUCUCCUUUAAUCUAUUUUCUUUCUUCAUUAUAAAUACAAUUUGUUCUUCUCUGUCCAUCACACCAGGGCUCUUUGGAAUGUGGACGUUCGGCAGGUCAAACAAACAGACCGGUCCUCCGUCAAAGAAGGCUACGGACGUCCCAAACAUCAGGACGCUGGAGUUGACCGGUGAUCUGAUUGGACACUCGGGGGCAGUCCAGAUGUUUGUGAGCUUUGGGGAGAACGGUUUGGUCACCUGCUCGACAGACCACCUGCUGAUUCUGUGGAAGAACGGAGAACGGCAGUCCCACCUCCGCAGCCUGGCACUUUUCCAAAAACUGGAGGAGAACGGAAGACUCUGACCUUCAACCCUGAUCUGCGGCCUUAAAUAAAGCAGAUGUGAAGCUGCCGGGUGACCUUAGUUUCGAAGAAGCACUAAUGAUGCACUGAUUGGAUACUCA